CGCGCGGCGCUGCAGCCAAAUGAGAAUCAGUCCAGCGUUGGUCGCCGGCGAGGGCGCAUCUGACAACCCUGUGACAACAGAUACGGGGACGCUCGAGGACAUUUGGGGGAAACGGUCGGCAACAUCCGUUGGUUCGUGAUAACCAUCAUCGAUCCCGUGCGGAUCACAGAAGGAUGUUAACCGUGGUUUCAGCGUCACGGUGCUGACAGUCAGACGCGCUCUGAGAAUCGGCGGGGAUCGGACGGCGGCGCGGAAAGCUCGGUUAUCGGGAAACUCGGUCGAAUGAGCUGGCUCACCGACAGACGGACGCGUCCGUGAGCCGUGCGACUCGUUUUCUCGUGUAUACCCAUCGCGACUCCGCGACUUGGUGCGGUCUGUUGCUUCUCUCGAAUUCGGGGGGGAGGAGAAAAUAUUCAUCGGUAGGUAAAGGCGUGAAGGGUUGGGUGAGAGGAAAAGGGGGUUGGAAAAAAAGGAGUUGUGUGAAAAUCGAGCCGAGCUGAAAGAGAGAACGAGUACAACGAGUGGAUAAGAGAGGAGAAGAGAUGUCCUCGAUGCCCAACGAUGCCGCACGAAGGCAUAACCGAGGCGAAGCUUAGUGCGUGCAAGGUGUACGCGCGGGGACACGCCGCAGGUGCACGGAGGCUGUCACGUGCCCCUGAUAGAGCGAAAACGAUGCCAUUGCCGUGCUCGAGGCACGUACGUUCAGGCGGACCCUGAGAGAAAACUGAAGGCCUCCACGGUCGCAAUUUCAUUCGCGUAAACGUAAAUAAAUCUCAGUGCCUACGCAACACGGGAUCCAGCUGGUACCGUUCCUGUUCGACGCGUUUGCAGCCACGUGCGAGGACAACCGAAUAGUGAGGAGGUGGAGGAGGCGGAGAAGAAGCCGGUGGUGGCGGAGGUGGUGGUGAUCGAGGAAGGAGCGAGCUGCUCCGAUUCCUCUAUCGUGCAAACAUGAGACGUUGGACUCUCAUGGCGGCUAUAGCCCUGGCUGCAUCGGGGCUGGUAAACGGCGGUUCUCACGAGAAACGGCUGCUAAACGACCUGCUGGAUACAUACAACGUGCUGGAGCGUCCGGUUGGCAAUGAGUCCGAGCCCCUCGUGUUGAGCUUUGGCCUUACACUAAUGCAAAUAAUCGACGUUGACGAAAAGAACCAAUUGCUCAUCACGAAUCUCUGGUUAAAAUUGGAAUGGAAUGAUGUGAACAUGAGAUGGAAUGUGUCAGAUUAUGGGGGAGUGAGAGACCUCAGGAUCCCACCACACAGACUUUGGAAGCCUGACGUUCUCAUGUAUAACAGCGCGGACGAAGGGUUCGACGGCACUUAUCCGACGAACGUCGUUGUGAAGAACAAUGGGACCUGCUUAUACGUGCCGCCCGGCAUAUUCAAGAGCACUUGCAAGAUAGACAUUACCUGGUUCCCCUUUGACGAUCAACGCUGCGAGAUGAAAUUCGGCUCCUGGACGUACGACGGCUUUCAGUUGGACCUGCAGCUGCAAGACGAAGCCGGAGGUGACAUCAGCAGUUUCAUCACUAACGGCGAGUGGGAUCUGUUAGGGGUGCCCGGUAAAAGGAACGAAAUUUAUUACAAUUGCUGCCCAGAACCGUAUAUAGAUAUAACGUUCGUGGUGAUCAUCAGAAGGCGGACUCUUUACUAUUUCUUCAACCUGAUCGUGCCGUGUGUCCUGAUUGCCAGCAUGGCCGUUCUGGGAUUCACCUUGCCACCCGAUUCCGGCGAGAAACUAUCUCUAGGGGUAACCAUCCUCUUGUCCCUCACUGUGUUCCUGAAUAUGGUGGCCGAGACAAUGCCAGCGACUUCGGACGCCGUGCCUCUGCUGGGAACGUACUUCAACUGUAUUAUGUUUAUGGUGGCCAGCAGUGUUGUCAGCACCAUUCUUAUUUUAAAUUAUCAUCAUCGGAAUGCUGACACUCACGAAAUGUCCGAAUGGGUGAAAGUGGUAUUCCUUUAUUGGCUGCCUUGUAUACUUCGUAUGUCACGACCAAGUGAUAAGGAGGAGAGGGAGGCGCAAAAAUCUCAAAAACCGUCUCCAGUCACCGGUAAUUUAGUGACACGAAAAAGCAUCGACACAAGCGCUAGCAAGAGUCACGGUGACCUGGAGCUUCGUCAAAGGAGCAGCAAGUCCCUCCUAGCGAAUGUCCUGGACCUCGAGGACAACGCUCUGGCGUCCCACAAUAAUCUGUUGAACAACGUGUACAGUACCCCCGGCCCCCACCAUCACACGAUGGGCCACGGGCACAGUCACAUACACGCGACCCCCCAUCAUCAUCACAGCCACGCUGCAACGCCGCAUCAUCAACACUCAACGCCACUGGCACACUCCUCUUAUCCGGCAGCGAUUCAGAUUGGUCACACGCCGCAUCAUCAUCCGCAUCCGCCAGAGACGCCUGGCCCUCAGGUCGAAACGAUACUUCAAAACGCGUGUUUCUGCGCCCGAAACGAGCUCAUGAUGAUCCUCAAAGAGAUUAAGAUAAUCACGGAUCAGCUGAAAAGCGAGGAGUUGAACACGAAGGUGACGAACGACUGGAAGUUCGCGGCGAUGGUGAUCGACAGAAUGUGCCUAAUCAUUUUUACUCUGUUCACCAUCAUCGCAACCAUCACCGUCCUACUGUCGGCGCCACACAUCAUCGUCACGUGAUUCAGAUAUGCUCAGACGACCGGCUUGACCGAGUCGGUGGUCGACGAGGAUCGUGUGUUGCGCAUCGGUGCGGACGGCGAGGGACGCGAACAGGACAGAGACGAUUACGAUGACGAUUACGAUUACCACGACUGUAACCACGUAUGGAUCCAAGCUAGGGAAACUCGAGCAACGUUCAUAACCUGGAUGUCUCUCCUACGCUUAGACAUGCAGCUGAUCGGGGUGUCUCAAGCCUCGGGAUCGUGUGUUGCGCCUCGUUUCGGGUGAUCCGCACCGUGAUAGGAAGAAAACGAUGCGAGGACACUAGGCUCUUCGUAUUCUUUAUGAUAUACAUACUAUACAUACAUACAUAUAUAUAUAUAUUAUAAAUAAUAUACAUAAAGAUAAGAGAUAUGUAUAUAUCUCGUCAUGUAGUUCAUUCGAAGAGGACGCCUUAGCGAGACACGUUGAAAAUGCGCCUACAUAACGGGCGCGUUAAAAGGAAACACGUACACGCACACGCAUACAUACACGCAUAUACGAACACGCAUGCAGGCCACGCCGAGGUAUCUGCAUCCCUGGCAUUCGUUGCGACGAUAGGGGGUGGAAGAGUUCCUCUCUCUCUCGCGAUUUUUCAUUCGAAGAUAGCCAGCGAAGCUAAAUUUCAUUUUGUAAAUUUCAUUGCGAUUUUAUGAAUUUGGUAUUUUACGAGGCGAUUCGAUGUUUGUUGCAAUUGUUGUAAUUUUCAAGCGAAACUCUUGUUCAAUAGGAGGCAUUUUCUCGUAUGAAUUUCUUUUUAUUCAAUUUAUACUGCGAUUUUAAUUAAAUGAAAAUGUUGGAAAAGGUUCGAAGGAUUGCAAAUAUCAAAAUUGAUUAAGAUUUCACUUCUUGGUAGAAUAAAUAUAUUUCUUAAAGGAAAAGAGAACGCGAAGACCACGUUAAAUCUCGAUAAUUAUUUUUAUUCUUGUUUUCCUUUAUGAAAUGCCAACGAGUUUAAUCAUCGCUUCUUAACGAUAUAUAAAUUUAUAAUUGUUAUAAUAAUUGAUAUUUCGAAAAGAAUAAGGGAGAUAUAAAUUACGAUAUACUAUAAUAAAUUAAAUUUUUACAAUGUCAAAUAUACUCGCCCUUGAAGUUAACGUUUUUUAUUCGUUGAAAACUGCCCCCUAGAAUAGAAUACAAUUAAAAAAUAAAGGAUCAUCUCGUCUUCGAAAUUCGUUUCAACAAACAUUGCACGGGAUGCAAAUAAAUCUGCGUACACACGUGUAAAAAAACACGUGUAUAUAUAUAUAUAUAAAUAUAUAUAUGUAUAUGUAUAUAUAUAUAUACACACACGAACACGCGCAUACACACGCAUACAUACGCAAGAGACAGAGCAUAGAGCACCGAGGACCGUCGAAGCGUUUGAAUUUGUUAAAGAAUAAAUCGAGUUUACGGGUACGACCAUCGAAACGAUUUUUCGUUUUGAUUUUGGUACCUGCCGUGCCAGCCGGAGAAUCUCAUGGGGAAAAAACGAGACAUAGAGAUAGAUAAAGAGAGAGAGAGAGAGAAAUAUAUAAAUAUAUAUAUAUAUAUAUACAAACGAGAAAGAGAGAAGCUGAAGAAGGGUACACUGCUCCUUUUAUUGUGCUUAUAAAAUAGGGAAAGAUAAAGAGAGGGGAAAAAGGAAUAAAAAGGGAAUAGAAAAAGAGAGAGAGAGAGAGAGAGAGCGAGGAGGAAACAGACGAAAGAGAGAACACACAGAUUAAGAGCAAAGCGCACACGUUAAUAUUCUGAAAAACUGAAAAAGCAACAAAAAAAAAUAAAUAAAAUAAAAUAAAAUAAUAAAGAGAAUAAUAAGUAAAAAUAAUAAACUACACACAAUGAACUGCCAAGAUGUUUCAAAACAAUGCCAGUGAAUUUUAUUAUCCGUAUCACUAGUAAGUAAAUCGACGACAACUUAAAUAAAACGGGGGAUUUAUACUACGAUUAUUAAGGUGGCGUGCGACAGCGCGGCGUAACAAACAAAUGAAAACAAAAAAAAAAAAUAAUGUUCUUUGUUAGCUCGUAAGAGAAAUCCGGCGUAAGCAAACGGAGAGAAAGAGAGAGAGAGAAAGGGAGAGAGAGAAAGAGAGAGAGAGAGAGUAAGAAAGUGAGUUAAGAGAGAAAGUGAGAGAGAGAGAGAGAGAGAGAGAGAGAAAGGGAGAGAGUGAUGACGCGGGUAAUGGAUGACUCGAAAAGUAUGGAAUGACGAUUGACUUGGCGCAACAUCUUUCUUCGUUCUUUUUUUUUUUUUUUUUUCUUUCUCUCUUCUUGUUUUUACUUUCCCUUCUAUCGGCGGACAAUCGUUUGUUAUUGUCCCUCUGUACACGCUUGUACGAGCCCACACACGGUACACACUCUCUCUCACAUCUACACCACACGUAGGAUGCAUUUCUAUCUCACACAUACACGUAAUCUACACACGAGAUACACGAGACUAGCAUACAUACGUAUAUAUAUAUAUGUUCACGAAAAAGAAAAAAAGAAAAAGGAAAAAAAAAGAAAAAGAAACUUUUUCGAUCUAACGUUCCAAGGAGGCAGACUUCCGCAUCCUCGAGAUCCUCGAAUCGAACUCGAUUUAAGAUCGAUCAACUCGAUAUUUGUAUACAUAAAAUGGCGUCUUCUUCAACGGAUCGGAUCAACGGGACUCGCGACACGAUUUUCGAAAGCAACUCGAACUUGUUAGUGUAUAUUUACUUUUUUAAAUCGAGUCGCCUUCGAAAAGAAUGCGAAUCUCGAAGACCCUCGAUGGCUCGGUCCGAUUCUCGCUUCUUUACUCCUUUCUUCUUCGAUGCUGGAUCGAUUUCGCUUGCCUCGAUUUGAUCCGCCAAAACACUUGACACACGCACACACACACACAUGUACACCGAGAUCUCGAGCGAUCGCCGAUGCCUGAUCCUUGAAUAAUCUCUUGCUCUUCGACCGCACGCUAUUCGCCAAACUAAAUGGCCAAACCAUUUGCAGUUCGUCUGUGAAAGUACCCACGUCGGAUUAUCCGUCAACGGACGCGCAUCUGUUCCGAUUGGUUUUUUUUUCCGCUGCAAAGUGGAAUCCCUUUCCUGCGAGAGAUAUCAGAGAAAAGAGGAAAGGAGAAGAGAAAAAAAUUCCAAGAGAUGAUUGUUGAAGAUGGGUAUGGAUGAAUAAGAGAUACGCAAGGAUCUUUCGUUCGAUGUAUAAUAAUUAUCGAUAUGAUGAUUUAGUCACGUUGCAUUGGCAUAAUUCGCGCUGAAUGAAUUUUUAUCGUCGAACGUCGCGCUUUAAUUUAAUUUCGUAGCGUAUUUGUCUCGAGGGUGCGAAUAAUAUGUUCGAGAGUAAAAUUUUCGAGAAUUUCUUUUAAUGGAUAUUGCGAUGAUCGAGAAAGGGAGAUGAUCGAUGAGGAAUUGUUUUCGAAAGUAUUAAUUUUUACCUAUAGAUAUUUCGUUGAAAUCAUUCGGAGUAAUUUUUCUGAAACUCUUGAGAACUAUUUCUCUCGAGUUAUUAUUUGUAAAUGGACAAAUUUUCGUGCUCAUUUCAAUGUCCGUUAAAAAGAAAUAAUAAAAGAAACGUUUAUAUUCUGCAACUGCGAAAGAAAAAAAUUCUAGAGAACGAAUUCUCUCGAGAGUUUUACUAUUAGAAUUUUAAUAUUCGCACUCAAAGAUAAGAUAAAGAGAAACGACACCGCCAGGCUUGACGUAUCAUCGAAAAAACGAAGCUAUUAUAUCGUAGAGGUUAGGUUAGGUAAGAGCGUUCGUCGUUCAUCUGUCGCUGGCGUCUCGUCGAAUUUCUCUUCAUUUGCCACGAGUCUAGGCGCAGAGGAAACAUUUUAGUCAAUAUACGAAUGCUCAGUAUUUCAUACGAUUUAAUAACCAUUUUGACUCGUGGCUUUGAUCCGAGAUUUUCGGACGCUCGUACAGGUUAAUGUCGGCGGGAAAUAGGAUUUCCUUUGCGAGCUUUAAGAAUCAUCGAGGUUAAUGUUAGGUUUCGUAUGCUGUACUUCGUUAAUUUUGACGACUGUUUGCUUCAUCUUGCCUCGUUUCGAAUUGGGAUUACAUUGAAACAACGUUGAUAACGCGCGAUGAUACGUAAUGAUUUUGUAUUGUUGUUUUAAUAUGUCGUGUUUUCUCGCAUCCUCUUUGUGUUUUCUGUACUUUUGAUAAAAAUAUUCUUUAAAUUAUUUCCCUAUGUAUUUAUUUAUUUGGGUAGUUAUUUGAAUAUUUGGCGCCAUCUGUUAUCAAGAAAAUCAAUUAGAGUUUAAAGAAAAUAUUGGUAAAAUUUUCUUCGUGUAAAUGAAAUUUAUAUCAAAUAAACUUCUAUUCUUAUAGAAUAGAUUUUACAAAAUAUAAAAGAGGCAAUUAAAUAAGAUAGAAUAACGUAAUUUAGUUGUUAAAAAUCUUUAAAAAAUCCAUUUUCUUCUCUGUAUUUUUCUGUGUACAAAUCUUUCCAAGUUUUUUUCUUCCAAUAAUAUACUAUAAGAAAUUUUGAACUAAAUUACUGAAUAGUAAGAUAUUAAAAAUUACUCUGCUAUGUUGAAACUAUUUCAUAUAAAUCAUGCGUACCAUCCAAAAUAUUUAAGAUAACAAAUGGCGCUUAUUUUUUAAAUAAAUGCUGUUCUCUCUUCGAAAUCUUUUCGAAAUUUGAAAUUUACUUAGGUCUUUAAUAAGAUCUAAUCUUGGCCUAGACUUCAAAUGUUUAGAUACGUUAUUUUUGCAAUUAUACAAUUAUUCUCGACAAGCUCUCGAAUAAUAUUCGACUCACCUUUCAAUAUCUCUAUAAAAUCUCUUUCAUAAAUUUAAUUCUUCUCUGUCGCUCGCUGUUGUUUCAAUGUAACAUAAUUCCAAUUAUGUCUAUUAUCGACUAGCUACACGCGCAACCAAGUUUCCAACACUUGCGAUCGCCCUAAAAGCGAUGCACACGAGAACCAUAUCUCUUUAGAACAAGAUUAAUCGCAAUUUUCCCAAGUGUUUAACACGAGCACAAAGCACGUCGAAGACCUAAAUCUUAACUCCCCUUAGAGCAGAAUAAUUUAUUCCUCUCGCGAAUGAUAAAACGUAAAACAAAAUAAAAAAGAAAAAAAAAAGAAAGGAAAGGAAAAGAAGCUCAAAAAGAAAAAACGCAAUCUCUGCGUUUGAACAAAUGGGAAACGAAAAUAUACUCGACAAUUAAAUUGAAAAAAAGCUUGUCAACGCGAGGAAAGAAAAAAAAAAAAAUAAGAAGCAGAAGAAGAGAAAAGAAACAUCGGAAUCUCGUUAACGGAUAGUCUCACAGGCGGAUUUUGUUGAACGUGUAUAAAAUAAAACGUGAAAAAAAAGAAAAAAAAAGAAAAAGAAAAAAGCUAUAAGCACGUUUUGGCCAUUGGCAUUGACGCGACAACCAAUCACGUUAUCUUUUAAAUAUUAUUAUAAUGGUUAAAGAAUAAUAAUUAAAAAAAAAAUUGUUAAUGAUGUUAAAGGAGCGGUUUAAAAUGCAAAAAAAAAAAAAGUAAAUAAUACGUAGAGGAUAUAAACUUAUAAUCGAUUGGUGGAAUAAACCAUUCUCGAUCUUUAAAUCAGCUAAUUAAUUAAAGUAAUUAAAAAAAAUAUAAAGCACUUAAUGGUUCGCGCCGGAACGGUAGACUACAAAGUAUUACAAAGUAGGGAAAGAGAUAAAUGAAAAAUGUUUAAAACAAAAAACGCGGUUAUCUCACGUGAGUGUCGUUAAAAAAAAAAAAAAAAAGAAUCGCGGAAAAAAUAAUAUUAAAUUACAAGCUUCGACAUUGGCAUGGUGUCGAUCGAAUUAAAAAAAAAAAAAUAAAUAAAAAACUAACAAUAAUAACAGAGAUUGAAAAGAAACAAAAGAAGAAAAGAAGAGAAAAUAUGUUUAAAAAAGAAAAAAACGGUGAUACGAGGAAUACUAUGCGUUUAAAUGCCACGGUUUCGAUGAUUUCGUUUCGCGAUGGAUUUUUCUUUUUUUCUUUUUUUUUUUUUUUCCUUUCUUUCUUUCAAAGCGUUUACUUUCUCCCUAGCGACAAGCGUGAAAUCGAUUUUUAUCGCGAAACGAAUGAACAAAAAUGUUCGUGGUGGUUUUCUUCAUUUUUUUCUUUUCCGUAACCACGUUUGCUGUAGUUCAAGUUGGUGGAAAGAGUCGCAUAACGACGAUUUAUAUUGUUAUAACGCGAUCGAUUCGAGAGACUUUCUUUGGCCAAUUUGAUUACCAAUCGAGGGAAAAUAUUAAAUUUUUCUAAAAUGUAAAAUGUAAAAUGAAAGAAAAAAACACAAGAUCCGCAAGAAAUUUACCAUUAUUUUUAACUGUGAGUGAAGGUUAAUUUAAUUUCAAGAAAUUGAAUCGGUGAAAUAAAAAUAAAGACAUAGCAUAUUUUGUGAAAAAUUAAAAAUUAAAUUAAGUAAAAUUUAAUACAGUUACAUCAGUUAAAAUUAUUAUUUAAAAUUAAAUGUAAUUUUUUGAUAAUUUUAUUUUAAAUAAUUUAAUUGCAUUUCAUUAUAUUUAUUAAUUAAAUAUUUAAUUAAUUUGCAUUUAUCGUCGAUGAACGAAAUAAGAAUUCUAAUAUGCAUAAAAUUAUUUUCAAAAAAUUUCCAUACAAAAUUAGGAUAUUGAAAUAUUUAUCAUCUUCAAAAUCACUUAAUUUAUAGAAUAAAUGUUUAUAUUCGCACAAUCUGAAUUCUCAAACAGAAUUAACAAUGUUAAUGAUAUUAUUGCAAUUUUUUUAUAAUGGAACAUAAUCGAAAUUUUAACUCGUUGUUCUUUCCAUCCACAAACUUUUGACUUUUUCGAUUUUCGCAUUCAUUUUGCAAUUCAUAUUGCAGCGAUAAACGAUAAACGAUAAUAAAUUGAUGAUACGUGCAAAACACGAGCAAAAUUGCAAUAACGCGUGUUAUUAAAACUCAAUUACACCAUACAACGACAAUAUGUAAUCGAAAUUUAUAUGAAGCCAAUAAUGGAGGAUACAAGUUGCCAUUAAAAAAACAUGGGUAGAAACAAGAGCAUUAUUCGUUUUAUAAUUAUAAUUAUAAUUAAUUUCACUGAGCUUCGGGUGAUACGCAGGAUGAUAUGGAUGUAUACACCAUUUAUACACCUGCCGUGAAACGAUCCCAUAAAAAGUGAUUGAAAAUGAAGCGAUUAAGUAGAAAAUAUCGAUGAAUUAAUCGAAUUGGCCAUCGAACGGACCAUUCGUUCGCAUAUCGCGAGUCGCGUCGACGACGGCGCUCCCAUUUUUAAUCGUAUUUAAAACGCGUUAACGUUUAAGCGAGCAAAUGCUGAUUGUUAACGGGGAAUUAACAUCCAGCCUAUUCGAUAUUACUUGUUAUUGAUUAGUUACGCGAGCGUGAAGAGAAAAACUGAAAUACUUAAUAAUAAUAAUAAUAAUAAUAAAAUUAUAUAUAUAUAUGUAUAUUCGGGAAUAUAAUAUAUUAUAUAAAAAAAAAAAAGAAAAAUAAACAACGCGAGACCUUAGUUAGAAUUAUUUAAAGAAACAAAAAUAAUAAUAAUAAUAAUAAUAAUAAUAAUAAUAAUAAUAAUAAUAAUAAUAAUGGGCGAUUUGUUGUUAAAGAGGAGAUGUUAAUAUAAUAGAAUCGCAGUGAAAAAAUUAAAAAAAAAAAUGAGAGAUGCAAACAAUAUUUAAAAAAAAGUGGAAGUUCCGACGUUCUCUAGAGGAAAUAAAAAAAUAAAAAGGAAAAAAAAAUAUUAAAGUAAAAUACAAAAUCGAGAUAAGCAGUUCGAUAAUAAAUUAUAUACUCGUUCUAUAAAUGAAGAUUUACUUGUUGCCACAUAUCGAAGUCAAGUUGGAAUUCGAAACGAGUUGCUCACUGAACAAAAAAAAAAUGAUUUAACGAUAUAUUAAACGAAGAAUACCGAAAGAUGGAAGAAGAACAAUGAAGCGUAUGAAAAAAAAAAAAAAAUAGAAAAGAAAGGAAAGGAAAAGGAAAAAACUAAAUUCGUUGCUCACGAAUGCUCAUUCAUUGUUUUUAUCCAGCGCGGUGUUUACGAGUAGUCGUAAGCCGGACGCUUUAGUGAGAGUAAAUUUAAUGGUUCGAAUGUACUUUUCAAUUAUCACGCUCAAAACGUUCAAGCAUUUAAGCUGUUCACGAGAUUCAGGGUCUUAGAGAUUAAUUAGACGAGAUGGUAGAAAAAUUGUCGAGUCGUUCGUAAUAAAAUUAAAGGAAUUAAGAGAAUUAAAGAAGAAAAAUGAAAAUGUUAAUUCGUAAAAUAAAAACAAGAUGUAAAACAGUAAAUAGAGAAAUAUACACGCUCAGACACCGGGAAAGGGGAGUGUUUUCGUUCACGUUUCACGGGGAUCUUUUCGUUUGAUCGUUUUGUUUCCAGGGAUACAUAUUAAGAACAUUUUACGCGUUAUACUUACGCUACGCAUUAAUGGGAAAAGUAGAGUAUCGACGUUACCGAUGAUCGAUCAAAUCGAAGCGACGAAAUGAAAGAUAGAGAAAGAAAAUGGGAAAUAACGAGAAUAAAAAAAAGAGAGAAUGACGUUUAAAUUCAGAGGGAUUGUGACGAUUAUUACCCGUAUUAUUCUUCGUUUUAACAAUCGUGUCGAUGAUUAUGCUGAUAUCGCAGGGUGAUUUUAAUUGCAUGUGCUGCCGAAAUGUUUCCACCUUCUUGAACUCGAUGAAAGAAAAACGAAAAAUCUUUUUUUUUUUUUCUUUCUUUCUUUCUUUUCGAGGAAUACUGAUAUAUCAAGCAGCAAACGUCGAGCCGAGAAUGAAACCGGAUAACGUUUUCAUGCACGUGAUCGAGCGAUGUCACGGGUGUAAGAGAGAGGUACUUUUUGAAAAAGAUUUCGCCUUGAAAGCGAGUCUAAAGUCUAUCCAAUGUCUUUAUCAACAAAAAUUUCCGACGAGCAUUAUUCUGUUCGAGAUAAUAUUUCUUUUAUCUUUGCCCGACAGCUCGGUUAUGCGAACAACGUUGGAAGUUUUCUUUUGAGGGAAAACUUCGAAAUUAAAAAUUAUUCUUCGAAUUCAUUCCAUUUUUAAAAGCAAAUCCUUCUUUACCGAGUUUUUCUUUUUUUUUUCUUUUUUUUUUUUAAUAAUCCUUGGAAAAUUUUUUUUCGAUAGGACGAAGAUUUUUUUUUCUAAAAUAAUUGACUUUUUUUUUUUUAAUAAAAAAAUAACAACAAACGCGAUUUUUUGCGCGAUUUCGUAUUGUGCAAUCGUGAUUGGUGCUGUUAUAAAUUGAAACGAGUUUUUUUUUUAAAAUAGUGACGUCCUCGAAUGUCUGAAAAUGGCAGCCUUCCAUCAGAACGCGAUGAGAUUUCUGUUUAAACGAAUCGAGAAAAUGAAUGAAAGUGUAAAUGAGAGAAGGGGCGGGAAUGGGGUAGGAAACGAAGGAAACGAAGAAGCGAAAUUCACGGAGAGAAUUAACGCGACUUGCGCCUUUAAUUAAAAAAAAGGAGAAGGAGAAGAAGAAAGAAUAUAUAAUACUGUAUAUUAAAUUCAGCUUGUCACAAAGUGGGGUUGUCAUUAUAAACUAUUAAUCUUAUUAUAAUUAAAAUUAACAAUAACGAUAAAAUAAUCACGAAAAAGGAGUGAAACAAUGAUAAUAUUAAAUGAUAAAAUUAGUACUAAGAAAUAAUUAAUAAUGGUAAUAAAACAAUAAUUAUAGAAUAAAAUAAAUAGUGGUAACGGUAUUAAUUAUUAAUUAUUAAUUCUCCGCCUGUACGAAAUAUUAAAAAUUUCUUUUCUCUCCGAAACGAAACGUUGUUUAACGUACGAUUAAGGCGACUUCUAUGAAGAAUCGUUUCCAAUAACGAAUAAUAAUAAUAAUAAUAAUAAUAAUAAUAAUAAUAAUAAUAAUAAUAAUAAUAAUAAUAAUAAUAAUAAUAUAAUAAUAAAAGAAAUAUUAUAUGGUUAACGAGAAAUUUAAAUAAAUGAAAAAAAAAAUUAAAUAAAACGCAUUAAAGGUUGGUACGCUAUUAGGAUCGUAGUAGAGCAUAUGUACAGGGUGAUGCGAUUAAAGUGUAUUCGGACAUCGAUCAGGCGUACGAUUUUUCGAGUGUCCCGUUCGAAAUAAAUUUGAACGAUUGCUAUUCGAGAAAAUAAAUAAAUAAAUAAAUAAAUAUCGAGAAAAAUAAGAAUCGCGAAUGUAGAAUCGAUUACGAAUCGUUGUAAAAUGUUAAAUUUUGGAAGGGGCUAAUUCGUCGAUAUAUUCAUAGAUAUAUACGAUUUUUUACUGGCUCAAUUCAAACAUAAAAUAUAUAAUAUAAAUAAUACGUGAUUAAAUUUUUAAUAUACUCACUUGAAUUCUAGUAUUUUUUUCUUUUUUUUUUUAAGAUAAAAUUAUUAGAUAAUUACAUUUAACUUUCAAUCAAUUAAAAUUCUAUUAAAGGAUCCUAUUAUCCCUAUAACUGCCAUUUCAAAAUUUAUCAUCUAAUAACUAUCUAUUCUAUGAUCCUAUUCUUUGAUAUCAAUUUUUCGCAUUUUGACGUUCACUUUUAUUUUCUAUCAUCAUUUUUUUAAAUAUUACAAGUAUACAAAUACACACAUUUUCUUGUUUAACAAUAAAAUUUUUUCAUGCACCGCAUUCCCUUACAUUACCUUUUUUAAUUCAAAUUUGAACAUUACCUCGAGAUGAAGAGUAAAAAAAAAAUAUUAUUCCUCUCGUUCACUUUUAUUAUUAUCUCUCGUUGAUUCGAUACGAGUUUUGCCCCAAAAAAAUCGGUUUGAACCUCGGUAUAAAAUAUGUAAAACGUCACCCACCAGAAAUCUUCCUGUAAGAGUCGAGCACAUUUCUCCGUCAACGUUGCCUUAACUCGGAAAAUAUCCUUUAAAGACCAACCUCGAUCGUUUGAAAGAAACGCCCUCUGCCGAACAAUGGUUCAAUUACCGUCAACACUCGAAAUCGUCAAACGUCGAACGCAAGACACACGAGUAGAGUCGACGAGUAGCCCCUUUCGAUAUUUCUAUGACAGAAACCCAAGAAGAAGAAGAAGAAGAACAAGAGGAAGAAAAAAAAAUAUAAAUAUAUAUACGUACAUAAAUACUAUAUAUAUACAUAUAUAAAAGCGAAAGGAAGCAAGAAAUUUCGUCGACCGGAUCACGAGUCUUCGAAACUUUCUCCCUCAAACUUUGUAGUCAUUUACUCGACUCGUAAAAUUAAUCCAAGCGUUUUGAGGAACUUAUUAAGGUAAAUCGGUAGAAAUAAAACUAAAGAUUGCUCAUCGAGACACCUCAUCGUUCAAGUGUCACAAAGACAAUCCCACCCUCGGAAACUUCGAAGCGGAUAUGAUUAAAAAGAAAAAAGAAAAAAAAAGAAAAAAAAAAAAGGAAGAACAAAAAAAAAAUACGAGAAACGAAUUUUUUCUUCUCUCUCUCGAUGUAUGAUACCUACCUCUAACGAUUACGCGACGAUAAAGAUAACGAUAACUGUAUUUAAGUGAAAUUAAAUCGAUCUUAAUAACCGGUGUAAUCUAUUUAGCCGAGAUUUAAAAAAAGAAAAAGAGGAUAAAAAAAAACGAAGAAUAACAAACGACUGUAGUCAGAAAAGUAAUUUUUAACGUGUAAGGUCUAUUAUAUACUUAUAUAGCACGUCAAAGUCUUCCGCAGAGUAGUCUCCAAAGAAGUAGUUACAAGACACAUGAGAAACAAAGACAAAUGCAAAGAUACACGAGACGAAUUUCUUUGUCUUUCUUCUAUUUUUUCUGUUUUUUUUUUUUUUUUUUAAGGUUAGAUUGUUGCAGAUGAAAUUGUCGAAUUUUCAUAAAUCUCGAAUCUUAUAAAAAAUUAUAUUAAUUACCCGCAAUUCGUUAUUUAUUCGUUAUUUAUUUUGAAUCGUAAUAUAAAAGAAGCAUUUGAGUUAAAAUUAUUAUAGCGCAUAAUAUUCUAUUUUAUGAUAGAAUAAUUAUAUAUCGCAAUAUAACAAUCGUAUGAUAAAACAAACUGCAUUUUAGUUAAUUUCGAGUUAUUGAAUUAACAUGGAACGAGUAUUAACAUUCAGCCAAUAAAUUUUCAAUUCAAUUAAAAUUCUAUUUACACGCGAAAUUGGAUUUUAUUUCAUAUGCAACAAUUUAUAACGUUCACCUGUUGUCUCGUUUCCCCGUCUUAAAGGAAACAAAUGGCAAAAAUGUCCCUCGCAAACGCUUCUCUGGGUAGCUGUUUCCAAGAGAGUUAAACACGGAGUCCAGGGUUUCAUCGAUUGGCCGAUUAAUAUUAUUAGAAUACAUUUGAGAGUAAAACUUUCGAGAGUAUCCAACAAAAAUGAAUAAAUAAAUAAAUAAAAUAGAAGAAAAACGAUGCUAAUAGAAUUGAAAGUAAAAAACUCUCGAGAAUAUUUCUUGCGAAUAAACUCUGCAUCCAGAACGAUAGUUCGAUAGUAAUUUUCGCCACACGAUAUCACGACUCGUGUUAUUGGACGAUCAUUCUCUAUAUGCGGCAUCUUCUAUAUUUACGAGAAAUAUUCUCUCCUUCAUGCGUGUAUGAAAUACGUGUUCGACUUCUUCUUUCACAUGGUAAUUCGUGAAUAGCACAAUUCGCCAACGAUGGAUCCGUAUCGAAAGAAAGAAAUACGAAACGAGCAGGAAUCGAGAUUUAUCACGUGCGAUGAAAUAUCGAUUGCGCAACUACGCUUAUGGAAAUGUUCUAAUUCUCAUGAAAAUCGCGUGUUCUUCAGAAAUAUUAAAAAAGCACACACAAUGGUUACAAACUCGAUCUCGAGAGUCUUUUUCCCGAUAAAAGCGAUCCGAUGUUUCAACUGAAUGAAUAAUAAUGCAGGUUGUCGAGAAACAAUUUUCUCGAAAGAAAGAAAUGAAUAUUUUAUAACCAGUUUCUAACUAAUUCGCUAUGUGAAAAAAAUAGUCGAACCCAUAUACGAAUCCAUGAACUGCGAUUUAAUCAAUCUCGCUCAAUUUAAAAGAAAUAUCGACGAAAAACCAACUCUCGAGAAUUUAACCCUCGAACGUGUCCGCGAAACAUGUGAAAAAAAAAAAAAAAAAUAAAAAAAUACUGUGAUCGAUGGAGAAUCAAAAUUAUCGAGUUUAAGAGAUAUGCUCGUGUUCGUGUGAUUCAUUUUUGUAUCGGUGAGUAAACGAAACGAAACGAAAGAAAAGAAGAAUACGAGGGGAAAGAGGAGAAAGUAUAAAUAUGGAGGAUCGAAUCGAAGCGUGAAAUUUUCUUCUUGUAAAUUAAACGCGCGCUUCGAUUAUUGCAAUAGUAGCAUCUCGAGGCUAGAGGUAGAAACGCUUUGCGAAAAGUCGAAGAAAAUAGACGAGAUAACGUUUUGAGAGAGGAGAAGUGUGCAAUUACGCUUUUGUAUAAAUUAGUAAGAAAAAUUUAAUCGCGCGUUUCACGAAGACACUCGAAAGAUCGACGGCUCUUUGUCCCCAUUUUAUUAGACCGCUCUUUAUACGCAAGAAGUGGCAGGUCAGCCGAAAUGAAGUAUAAACGAGGAAGUUAUUAAAGUUAUUACAGGACCGGGAAACUUAAAUAAUUGUGAAAUGAGGGAAAUUUAGAAACGUUGGCCUCUGCACAGAUUUUUGUUCCUUUGCAACGAGCAGUUUGGGAGUAGUUAAGUCAAGUUCUGAUAUUCUAGUUGAAAUCUAAUUAAGCGGUGUGUUCGUCGAGGCAACUUUCUGAAACUCGUGUUUCGCGAAAUUUUUCGUUUUGUUAAAAUUAUUCUUCUUUUCUUUUUCUCUUAUUAUCGUCACCAUUGUAACUUUCAAUACGAAUGCUACUCCAUUUCAAAAAUGGUUAAUUUCGACUCAAUUAAUUAAUUUUGAAACACAAAAGCAAGCUUCAACAAUUAAGAAUCCACAACUGAUUAUGAAUUUUGUAAAAAAUUAUGUAAGAAAGAUUUCUUUUACGAAUGUUUCGUGAUAUUGGAGCGAAUGAUACAAGCAAUAAAAAAUUUGGACACAGGUAAAAUUGCAAAGAGGAAUUUUUUCUAGUCUAAAAUCUUUUAACGACCAAUAACGAAUUUAUAUUUUGAGUUCACAUUGAAAAAAUAUAAGACCUGUUUUCCAUUUCGUUAUUACGUAUGAAUAAAUUUUUCCUUUCAUUGAAAGAUAUAGGAUAGAAUCUGAUAAAAUUGGACUUUCAUCCGUUUCGGCUGAACCUGUAUAUAUACGUAUAAAUGUAUAAAUAUAUGCAUGUAACGGAUAUACGUACCGUAUAUUCUCUAUAUAGAUGCGUAUUGCGAAGAGAUCGAAUUAAACUACGGCGAAACGUGGCGUGUAAAAUGGAUAAAACUGAAGAGAGGUGAAAAUUGGAAAAAUUGUAAUCGUUGCUCGUGAUCCUCGUUGUUGCACGAUGAUUUCUCAUGGAACUAUUCGUCGUGAAAUGAAGAAUAUCAAGGAGCACAAGCUAAUGAGAAAUAUUUCACGAUUAAUCUUAUUUAAAUGUUCAUAUCACCGUGAAGAUUUUAGUUUGAUUAAUUUUUUCUGAGAGACAAUGUUAAUUAUUUCCUAAUUGAUCAACAAAGUUUCAAAGGUGCCUAAGAAAAAUGUAAGAAAAUUAGUAAUAUAAAAUCUUUUUUACUUAAAUUGUUUGAACUUUAGAUCGGAUUUUAAAUAUAAAUGUAUUAUUUUAUUCAUUAUUGAAAAUAAAAUUCUUACUAACUUUCCUUAAUAUCUUUAAAAAGAAAAUCUAUAGAAACAUCCACGUUGUUCAACUAUCAUAUUUUACAUCUCCAUGCGCACGAAAUAAUAAAUUAACACGAAAAUUCUAUUAAUCGGCACGAAUAUAUUUCUCAUUAGAUGUAAUUUACUUAAUCCACAACUGUACCGUAAUCUUCUCGAGGAAUCAUCGUGCAAAGCGAUUCUAUAUUCACGAUAAUCAUAAGAUCGAAAAACAAACAAAAAGAAAUAACAAGAAUACGUCACGGGAUGCUUAGAGGGGUGGGGGUGGAAUGCGUGGAGUGGCGGAGUUUUAUUUCUCGCGAUUCACUGCCGCAGACUUCCUUCACGGCAGCGUGAAUUACUCAAGAAAUUAGGAUAAACGAUUAGCGCGGACACGCAAUGUUCAAGUGCCAAAUUUUUAGCUAUCUUAUAUAAACGUGUAAUUUAUCGCGCCUGUCGAACCCAGCAGACGCUUAAUUAGCGAGCGAGCGAGCGAGAGAGAGAGAGAGAGAGAGACUGUUUUUAAAAUUGGUGACUGAUCGAGAUUGUUGAUACGAUUCGUUGUAAACAAUUGAGGCGUCGAGAUGGAACGAUUAUAAUUGUUAUUAAUCGAUGAUAAAGGCGUGUAUGUCGUUUUAACGCGUAGAACGAUUCGAGGGAUAAUUUGAUUGAUCGAAUCUCAUCAAUAUCGUUCUUGUUGAUUGUGUCGUUCAUAGUGAUAUUUUAUAGAGGCGAAAUUUUCAAUCGUCGACUCGAGAUUCAACCCUCGAAAUCGCCGAUGGCUCGCAAGAGGACCACUUUUGGCCCGCGUAUCUGAAUUAAAUAUCGUUUACAUUGCCAGGGAUAUGGGCCAAAAGUGACCCGACUUUGGCCGACCGAGGGUUAAAUCUGUAACGCGCGUCAAAUAUGUAUAUUUGAAAUCGUCAACAGCCUUGAGAAAAUUUGAGAAUUCGAGGAAAGGAAAGUGAUGAUAUUUAAUCGUUUGUAUUUAAAGUGGUAUAAAUUUGCUUUGGAUUCAUUAUUUUAUGGUCACGAGAUUUUUAAAAUGAUUAAUUAUUCGAUCGAUUGUAGAUAUUUGAAAAUUUGUAAAGGAAAAUUUGAAGUAUUUAAAGAUAUACAAUAAUGCACGUACAAUAGAAAAUAUUCAGAAUAAAUAUAUAUUUAAAUACGUCAUUAUUAAUAAUGUUGAUUAUUAUUACAUAGUCAUUAAUAAUUCGUAAAAGUACGAAUUUAUAUCAAGUAUCUACGGUCGAAAAAAUUAAAAUUAAGUCGAAAACAUCCUUUCGAACGUUCUCGAAGCUAUAUUAUCGAAUUUAUGUAAGUUUAAAAAAUAUCUUCUUUGGAAAAUUCGAUUAGCAUGGAUAAAACGCUCAAACGAUUCGCGAAUAUAUACCAUUGUUAGAAAGAGAGGGAAAAAAAGAAAGAAAUCAUUAAUUACAUAUUUAAUUAACAUAUUUUUACUGCGUUCCGUUGAAAUUGUUGCAUCUGUCUUGAUUUUUCUCGAGUCGUUGAGCGAUGUAACAAACGAGAGAAGAAGAUAAAAACGAGAGAAAAAGAAACAAUGCGUCACAGCCAACUGAAUUUAAAAAAAAAAAAAAAGGAAAACUUGAAUUUUUAUAAAGAGAUAAAUGGAAGAGUCGAUAUUUUUCGAAUACAUAGGCAAAUCUCGUUCCCUUCGUUUCGAAGAAGGAUAAAUGAUCGGUUUGAAAAAAGUUCUCACACUCUCUCACCAUGAUGUUACAACGUUUUUUGAAAAAUCUCCUCUGUUUUUCUUCUUUAGACGAUCAAUAUAAUCGAUAACCGAGCCGAAGGAAGAAGUAAGAAGAGACGAAUAAAAAAAUAAUACAAAAAAAAAAAAAAAAGAAAAGGCCAUAAGCUAUCCACGCUUGGAGACAAAUAAAAACAAGGAAAGAAAAAAAGAUAUAAAGAAACGAUGAAAUGAAAAAAAAGAGAAGAAAGGGAAGAAGGAAGAAAAAUAUUACGAAAACAAGAUCUAAAUUGAUAAAAGAACAAAACAAAAAAAAAUGUCAAAAAAACGAAGUAUUAAACGUAUUAAAAAAAAAAACGUAAUCUCUACGCAUAUUUAAAACCGUGUUGAAUGGAAAACGCGAAUAUUCGUGAUGAAAGAGAAAAAAAAAAAAGAGAAGAAAAGAAAAAAAAAGAAACCGAGAGGAACUAAAUAAACCUUAAACUAAAUGAAUCAAUAAUCGAGUAAACUGAAUAUUAAACGCUAGCCUGUAAUCAAUAGACACGUAGUAUAAUUACUUCGAGCAAAAUAUAAAUUUAUAGGGGUGAUUCAAAAGGUAGUCUAUACUAGAAGUUAGGCUCGAACUUUUAAUCGAGAUCAUUUUCUCUCUAAACUAAAGGAAAGAUGCUAAUUACUUAAUUAUCUCUUAAAUCAAUCUAUUGAACUUAACGAAGCUAAAGAUAAAACGAAAAUAGAUGAAAAGGAUGAGAGAUAUAGGUGUGAAAUGAGAGUAGUGAAAGAGAAAAGGAAGAGAAUGAGAGCGAAAGAGAGAGAGAGAGAAAGAGAGAGAGAGAGAGAGAAAGUAUCGUAGAUAAGUAUGAUUGAGCUUGAUCAAAAUGGAAAUUUAAUAAUCGAAUAUAGAAAGAAGGAUGAUUAUUUGUAGGGGGGGUGAAAGAUGACACGUGUAAGAAACGAAAGACAUUCGUCGUUUUGACGAACGACAAAGAGACGCACCGAGACGAGAUACGAAAUCUAUUUCUUCUCUACCUACUACGCCCUUUUUUCUUCCCUAUACGAUAUAUUUUAACGAAGGAAUCGUCUCUUUAUUGUCCACCGUUACACCAGUCGUCGAAGUCGUUACGAAGUUAUAUAUAAAAAGAAAAGAAAAGAAAAAAAAAAAAAGAAAAAGGAAAAAAAUAGAAGAAAAAAAAAUAGAAUAGGGGCGAGAAAAAGCGAGUCUAACGAAGGAUAUAAUACAUAACACGGAAGAAAAAAAGAAUAUUUCGAGCCUGUGAGUGCGUGGGAGGGAGAGAAAGGUGGCGAGAGAGAGAGGGAGAGAAAGGAGAAUGAGAAGAAAACAGAGAGAGAGAGAGAGUGAAAGAGAGAGAAAGAAUGGCGGAAAAUGUGUGUGUGUGAGAGAGAGAGAGAGUCAAAAUGAGAAAUAUUACAAAAAUGCGCUUAAAUGUGCAAAAAAAAAUAUUAUAAUUAUAAAGGGGAGAAUAAAAGAGAGAAAAAAAAAUAAAUAUUUACAACUCAAGAGAGAAAGAAAUUGAGAGAAAGAGAGGGUGAGAGAGAAAUAGAGAGAAAGCGAGUGAGAGAUAGAGAGGAGAGAAAGAGAGAGAGAGAGAGAGAGAGAGAGAGAGA